AUGGCCACCGCUUCUCAAAAUUUCAUACUUUUCACUCAGUAUCCGGAAGUCGACAUGGCCAAGACAGAUAAAUUCAUAUUCGACUAUAUCAACGAGCGAAAGCUAAAUGUUACUACCGACUCCGACGAAAUUGGUCAUGAUCCGAUGGCUUGGUUUCAGGGUGCCGAUGUCGUUUGGAUGUUAAUUUGUACUAUUCUGGUGAUGUUGAUGCCGGCCGGAAUAGGGUUUUUUUAUUCGGGGAUAUCAAAGCGGAGGUCUGCUAUGUCUAUGAUCUGGAUAUCGUUUCUGGCAAUGUCGGUGGUAGGAAUACAGUGGUAUCUUGUAGGCUACGGCAUAGCUUUUGGACAUUCAGACAACCCAUUCUGGGGUAGUAUUGCGGGCAUUGCUCUGAGGGAUGUCCUUACCAGACCAGUCGGGAACCAGAAUGGACCCCCGAUCCCGGAAUUACUUUUUGCUCUCUUUCAUGGUGCAUUUGCCUCUUUUACCGCUUCAUUGAUAGGUGGAGCUGUCGUGCAAAAGUUUCGAAUAGUACAUUUUUUGGUCUUUAUCUUCAUCUGGACUACCUUUGUUUAUGCACCUAUUGCACAUUCGACAUGGAGUCCGUCAGGCUGGUCCAACAAGCUAGGUGCACUAGACUAUGCUGGUGGAACAGUGGUCCAUAUGAGCGGAGCAUGUACUGCUGCUGUGUACUCGGUAUUCUUUAAAUGGAGAUUCCGAUUCUAUAGAGAUGAUGAAAACCCUGACAACGUUUUCCACGUCGUGCUUGGGACGACCCUACUCUGGGUGGGGUGGAUGGGCUUCAAUGGAGGCACGACAUUAGGAGCGAACUUAAGAACAGUCUCAGCACUUGUUUCGACGAACCUUGCUGCAUGCUCAGGCGGACUAACAUGGUGCUUUUUGGAAUUCUUUUUCUCCAAAUACAACCCCGAGCGUGAUCCCACAGGUUGCCCGAAACGGAAACCUGUUCCAAGAAGACUCUCGAUUCUUGCCUUUUGUAAUGGUGUUAUCUCUGGUCUAAUAACAAUUACACCAGCUGCGGGUUACGUGCCAUUGCAUAGUGCUAUAUGUUUUGGGGUUGUGGGUGCAGUUUGCUCGAACUUCUCUGAAGUGUUAAGCAAACCUAUAGGUGACAUAAACGAUAUAUUCUCUAUCCAUGGGGUCUCGGGCUUCGUUGGGAUGCUUCUAACUGGCGUGUUCGCACGGGACGAUAUUGCCCGUCUUGAUGGAUACACAAAUAUUCCAGGCGGAGGUCUAAAUGGAAACGGGAGGCAGAUUGCGUUGCAGCUCCUGGAUGCCGUCGUAGGCGGGCUGUAUGCCGCUGUUGGCACACUCGUUAUCCUGAUUUUUAUGGAGGUGGUUCGAUACAUUGCGACUCGCAGAAUAAAACCGGUGGAAGCCAUUUUUGAUGGGGAUCAGAUAGUAAGACGGGAACUUCCAGUUGUAUGACCCAGCAUGGGCAGGAGGCCGGAAUACAAUAUUAAAGUGCCUUGGGGGGGGGGGUGCUUUUCAUAUCCUUGUUUUCAAUGGGGUUCGUUACUGGUUUCUAUGAUAAGUCGGGCUGGUCUGGAGAGGUAACGCGUUGGUUCGGCAUCUGGGGACACCAAGUGAUAAGGGAAGUGAUGGGUUUCUUGAUACUUACUAGAGCAGGAUGCACAAAUAAAAAAUCUCGUCACUACUUGA